UCAUUCUGACCUGUUCCUAAUUGGUUGGGUUUUGUGUUUUCUGCAUUUGUAUUUGCCUUUUCAAAAUAGAAAAUUCUUCUAAUAAGCUUAUAGCUAACGGAUGGAUCAACCGAGUCUGUAUUGUGCUAUUCUUCUGGUUUUUACAUCUCUCACAUAUUCCUCACACUUGGGAAAUGCCAAGUCUGUGGAUUAUGGAAUUGCCACACUAUCCACCUCAUGGACCAUUAAUAACCCCACACCUAUCCUACAUGCUUCGGAAUUUGUAUGGAGACCCAUCCUUUUUCGAAGAGGCCUUCUAUCACGUUUUACUCUUGGCUUCUGCUGCAAUUUUGCAUACACUGACUGCAUCGUUGGUGUCUUCAUCCAAAAACAAACUUCCGUCAAUGAAGAUUCCAUAACAGAUGCCCCGCAACUUGUUUGGUCCGCUAAUCGAAACCAUUCUGUAAAGCUUAAUGCAACCUUGCACCUAACUCAACAUGGAGACUUGACCUUGGCCGACGCUGACGGCACUUCUGUCUGGUCUACAAACACUGGUAGAGCAGGAGGAGGAGGAGGAGGAAAGUACUCUGUCUUAGGCUUGAACUUGACUGAAGAUGGAAACUUGGUCCUUUUCGACCAAAACAAUGCAACAGUUUGGCAGUCUUUCGAUUACCCAACGGAUUCCUUACUUCCUGGGCAGAAGUUGGUCCUUGGGCAGAAGCUGAUUGCUAGCACGUCCGCAUCAAACUGGAGUCAAGGUUUGUUUUCACUUGCUAUUCAUCGUAAUCCUGAUCCUUAUUACAGUCUGUUGGCUUAUGUAGAAUCCAAUCCACCCUUGGUCUAUUUUCGAUCCUAUUUAAAUGGGAGUUCCGACCACCAAGUAUAUGUGAAAUUCGAGAAUGGAAGCUUCAACGAGCAGAAAUCCCCUCUUGUUGGAUCGUCAGCUCAGUUCAUAAGGUUGGAACCUGAUGGGCGUUUGAGGGUUUAUGAGUGGGUAGGAAAUAACUGGAAUGCGGUGGAUCUACUGAUACCAGAUAUUGGUGACUGUGGGUAUCCCAUGGCGUGCGGCAAUUACGGUGUCUGUUCUUCAAAUGGAGAGUGUGGCUGUCUUGAGGAAUUCCCCAGCAGCAACAUUUUCAGGCAAAUAAAUUAUAGGCAACCCAGUCUUGGAUGUUCCCUUGUUACACCCAUUUCUUGUAACCAUUCUCAAUAUCACACACUUUUGGAGCUUCAGAAUAUUAGUUAUUUUUUUAACUUAAAAGACACAAACGGAGACUACUUGGAUGCAAAAAUCGAGUUAGAGGAUUGCAAGAAGAGUUGCUUGAAAAACUGUUCAUGCAAAGCCGCUUUGUUUGCAUAUGAUGGGGGCUCUAAUUAUGAUGGGAGCUAUUACUAUAAUCGUUGCUUAUUACUAUCUGAAGUCUAUUCUCUUCAAAAUAAUGAUGCAGGGGAUGAUAGCAUUUCUCUAUUUCUUAAAGUGCAGAAUUCUCUGACUGCGCAGUAUCCUUUACCAACAAAUUCUCCUCAAAAGAAAUCAAGGAAUGUCAAAAUCACUCUUGGAUCCAGCCUCGGAGCUCUCUUUGGUGUAUUUUUUGUGGUUGCCUCUUGCAUUUUCCAUUUUAGAAAGAAAGGAGAAUCCGAAGAAUUUGAUGAGUUCUCUGUUGAUCAAGUACCAGGGAUGCCUACUAGAUUCUCAUACGAAGACCUGAGAGCCAUGACGAGCAAUUUCAAUAAUAAGCUCGGGGAAGGAGGAUUUGGGUCAGUGUUUCAAGGGACAUUAAGUGAUGGCACCGAAAUAGCAGUGAAGCGUCUCAAUGGUUUUGGUCAAGUUAAGAAGUCAUUCUUAGCUGAAGUUGAGACAAUAGGCAGCAUUCACCAUAUCAAUUUGGUGAGAUUAAUAGGAUUUUGCGCUGAAAAAUCAUACAGGCUUCUAGUUUACGAGUACAUGUCUAAUGGAUCCUUGGAUAAAUGGAUCUUCCAAAGGCACCAAGAGCUCACACUUGGGUGGCAAUCCAGAAGAAAGAUCAUCAUGGAGAUAGCUAAGGGUCUAUCCUAUCUCCAUGAGGAAUGCAGGCAGAAAAUAUUUCAUUUGGAUAUCAAACCCCAAAACAUCCUCUUAGAUGAAUACUUCAAUGCAAAAAUAUCUGAUUUCGGAUUGUCAAAACUAAUUGAUAAGGACCAAAGCCAAGUUGUAACAACUUUGAGGGGAACACCAGGCUAUUUGGCUCCUGAAUGGUUGAGCUCAAUUAUCACUGAGAAAGUAGAUGUCUACAGCUUUGGUGUUGUGGUCUUGGAAAUGUUGUGUGGGCAAAAAAAUUUGGAUAGGUCUCAACCUGAGGAAGAUAUGCAUUUACUAAGUCUAUUUAAAAGGAAAGCCGAGGAGGAACGACUGAUCGAUAUCGUUGAUAAAGGCAAUGAUGAAAUGCAGUUACAUAGUACAGAAGUUGUGGAGAUGAUAAGGGUUGCUGUGUGGUGUCUACAAAGUGACUUUUCUAAGAGACCUUCCAUGUCAGUGGUGGUUAAGGUCUUGGAGGGUUCUGUUGAUGUUGAUAACAACUUGGUUAUAACUUCAUAAAUCCUGUGAUACGAAGAACAAUUGCAGAUGCUGGUCAGCAAGAGGAUGCCAUUGGCGCUGCUUGUACUCUAUUGUCUCCAUUAGCUCUAUCAGGACCAAGGUAAACAAAGGAGACUUUGACAAACAAAUUUUUGCAAAUUGAAUAACUUUUUAAGGUUUUUAUUUUUGUUGUGUGUGUUUUUGUUUUGUUAUUUGGGGAUGCUAUGUUUUAGGAGAAACCCACACGCUAUAAUCUUAUCUUAUGAGAAUAAGUUAGCCAGGAUUGAGUAUGAGAAACUGCAAGCAGACUAGCUACCGUUUAACUCAUUUAAUUCUAUUAUAGGCAA